AUGUCUGAGCCCAUCAGGAAUAAGAAGGCCGAUUUCCCGGUCGCUCCGACCCCGCAAAACACGCCGGCUAACAACGCCCCGAUCUCCUCCCACGCCCAGCAGCCUGGUGUUUCCAGCAUCAAGGAAGAAAAUCUGGAUACCGCUGCUGCCGCUUCGCUCUUCGCCCGCAACCCGGCUCUUGUCUCCAUGAUCCAGGGCAAGCUGGGUCAGCUCGUUGGUCGCUCAUCGGGCUACAUCGAAUCUCUCCCCCCAGUUGUCCGCCGCCGUGUCGCCGGCUUAAAGGGAAUCCAGAAGGAGCACGCCAAGCUCGAGGCUCAGUUCCAGGAAGAGGUGCUGGAGCUCGAGAAGAAGUACUUUGCCAAGUUUACCCCGCUGUACCAACGUCGAUCCACGAUCGUGAACGGUGGUGUCGAGCCGACCGAAAGCGAGGUAGAGGCCGGAAAGGAGGAUGAGGAAGAAGAGGAAGAAGAGACCAAGGAGAUCGAGGAAGAGAAGAAGGACGAGAGCGAGUCCACGAGCGGUAUCCCCGAGUUCUGGCUGUCUGCCAUGAAGAACCAGAUCUCUCUUGCAGAGAUGAUCACCGAGCGGGAUGAGGAGGCCCUCAAGCACCUCACUGACAUUCGUAUGGAGUACCUUGACCGACCCGGAUUCCGCCUCAUUUUCGAGUUCUCCGAGAACGAGUUCUUCACCAACAAGACUAUUUCCAAGACCUACUACUACAAGGACGAGAACGGAUACGGCGGUGACUUCAUCUACGAUCACGCCGAGGGUUCCAAGAUCGAGUGGAAGGCCGACCAGGACUUGACUCUUCGCCUCGAGAGCAAGAAGCAGCGCAACAAGAACACCAAGCAGACCCGCGUUGUCAAGAUCAGCGUGCCUACCGAAUCCUUCUUCAACUUUUUCUCUCCCCGCAACCCCCCCACCGAUGACGACGAGUCCGUCGCCAGCGAUAUUGAAGAGCGUCUGGAACUGGACUACCAAUUGGGCGAGGACAUUAAGGAGAAGCUGAUCCCCCGUGCGAUCGACUGGUUUACCGGUGAGGCUCUUCAGUUCGAAGAGCUGGGCGAUGAGAUGCCCGAUGAGUUCGAGGAUGAAGACGAGGACGAGGACGAGGACGAGGAUGAGGACGAGGAUGAUGACGAGCGAGGAUCUGACCGUGACGUUGAGGAUGACUCGGAUGAAGAGGACGGAAGCUCCAAGCCCAAGAAGGAGGCUGCCGAGUGCAAGCAAAACUAA